AUGAGUGGGGUGUCAUUGGGUGUACGCACGGGGAGCUAUGGAACGCUGCAAAACAGCAACGUUUUUGUGCCCAUGCUUGUGCGUAGACCUUCAAAAACGCUCCUCUACAACCCCAGAGAGAAAGAGAGGGGUUUCUUUUCUAUUUGCCGGCUCCUUGGGCGAGGCAAGGUCGGAAUGCUCCUCAUCUUUGCCCUUGGCCUUUGUGUUUUCGUUUUUGGCUGUUUUACUGUUUACAAAGGUGGAAACAUCACUAGUGAAAUUGAAGAUACGCGAACUUACGCUAUUACUAGGUAUGAAAUUUUAAGACCCAGAGGAGUAGUCGAGGAUAAGUCACAAGAUAGUAAUUCUUCUACAGCGUUCUCAUUGAAAAGUAGAUAUAGAAGCACAUCUAGGCCUCCUCCUGCUCCUAAUUCAUUGUCCUUGUCCAAGCCUAAAGGCAAAAGGGAAUAUUUUCUUACUCGGGGACAUCGUUGUGAUCAUUUUGCAUUUCCUCCUCCACCAGCUGAUAGAAGACGAACUGGACCACGCCCAUGCCCUGUGUGUUAUAUUCCAGUAGAGCAAGCUAUAGCUAGUAUGCCAAGUUCCCCAUCAAAAUCUCCUAUACUUCGUUCUUUGACAUAUGUGCAUGAUGAAAAUCCAAUUGAAAGUGAACAACAUGGUGGCUCUGAUUUUGGAGGAUACACUUCUCUCGAAGAAAGGGAUGCUGCUUUUGAUAUAAAAGAGACCAUGAAAGUGCACUGUGGAUUUGUCAAAGGAAACAGACCUGGUCGCUGGACAGGAUUUGAUUUUGACGAGGCAGAUCUCAUAGAGUUGGAUAAGUAUCAUGAUGUCAUUGUUGCUUCUGCCAUAUUUGGAAAUUAUGAUGUUAUACAGCAGCCCAGGAACAUCAGUUCAAAAGGAAAGAAAAAUAUUCCUUUCUAUAUGUUCAUUGAUGAAGAAACAGAAAUGUAUAUGAAGAAUGCCAGCAUUUUGAGUAGCAGCAGGAGAGUUGGAUUAUGGAGAAUCAUUGUUGUCCAUAAUAUUCCUUACGCUGAUUCUCGACGUAACGGAAAGGUUCCAAAGCUUCUUUUGCACAGGAUCUUCCCCAAUGUCCGAUAUUCUAUAUGGAUUGAUGGGAAGCUUCAGCUCGUUGUAGACCCAUAUCAAGUUCUUGAAAGGUUCUUGUGGCGCCCAAAUGCUACUUUUGCGAUUUCAAGACACUAUAGACGCUUUGAUGUAUUUGUUGAGGCUGAGGCAAAUAAAGCUGCUGGGAAAUAUGAAAAUGCUUCCAUUGAUAACCAAAUUCAAUUUUAUAAAUUCCACGACGGUUUAACUCAUUAUUCAAGGGACAAGCUUCCUAUAACUAGUGAUGUUCCCGAAGGGUGUGUUAUCAUAAGAGAACACAUUCCAAUUACAAAUCUCUUUACUUGCUUAUGGUUCAACGAAGUUGAUCGCUUUACUUCCAGGGAUCAAUUAAGCUUUUCGACAGCUUACCAUAGAGACAUAUUGGAAAACAUGCCUCCACCAGCUGUUGUAAUCCGGCGUCCUGGUCCACCUGCUUCUUACACUAACAGGCUUCAGAUGAAGAAUCAUCCUAGACGUGGGAGAGGAGAGAGGAGAUCAGUUUCUAAGCAUCACCAUAGAGCAUUAGGCACUGGUGUUAUGAACCACAUUUUGAUUUAG